UAAUUAAUUAAUCCCAUGUUGCUCUAAGCUUUUUCUGUUUAUUCUGUUCAAAAAAUGGAACCAGGAAUUCAGUGGCUUUUUCUUCUGAUUGUUUUUGUCCGACUUUACAUCGUAGCCGCGGGCACUAAUAGUGAUGAUGCUACUGCUCUAGCUCUUCUCAAGCGUGCGUGGAAGAACUUACCUCCCAAUUGGUCGGGCUCAGAUCCUUGUGGUCAUCACUGGGUAGGAAUUGAGUGCACGGAUUCACGAGUCACCUCGAUAAAAUUGGCAAGCAUUGGCUUGGUGGGGCAAGAGUUUAUUGGCAUCCCAUCCUUAACUGAAUUACAGACUUUGGAUCUAUCUUACAACGAGGGCCUGACAGGAUCUCUUCCAGAAUCAAUUGGGAAUUUAAAGAAGCUAGUAAACUUAGCCCUUGUUGGCUGUAAUUUCACUGGUCCAAUUCCUGACACAAUAGGAUAUCUACAACGGCUGUUCUAUUUGUUGUUUGACAGCAACAAUCUCACUGGUCCUAUCCCUUCAACCCUUGGGCUUGUGCAAUCUUUAGAAGUGAUACGUUUUGAUAACAAUUCCUUAAGUGGGAGUGUUCCGUCAACCCUCGACAAUCUCAAAAAUCUUAAAGAUCUGUAUUUGUCUUACAAUAACCUGAAUGACUCUUUGCCCUCCCUUAUUGGCAUGAGCAAUCUCAAAACCUUGGACUUGAGUAAUAAUAACUUCAGUGCCUUUGAGAUUCCUACAUGGUUUUCAUCUUUGCAAAACUUAACAACACUAAGGAUGGAAAACACUCAACUUCAAGGUCAAGUUCCUGUCAGCCUCUUUAGUCUUCCAAAUUUGCAGACUGUGGUUCUAAAAGGCAACCAGCUAAAUGGCACCUUGGAUAUAACCAAGGGAUUUAGCAACCAGCUAAGCCUCAUAGAUUUGCAGAAUAAUGCGAUUACUAAGUUCAAUGAAACAGAAGGAAACAACAUUCAGAUAACACUUGCUGGUAAUCCCAUUUGUGAAGAGACAGGAGAAACAAAAACUUACUGUGUAGUUCCACAAUCAAAUUCCACUUCCUUGUAUACUACCCCUCCCAGUCCCAGCAGCUGCCCACCUGCGACAUGCAGUUCAGACCAGGUUUCUAACCUCACAUGCAAAUGUGCAGAUCCAUAUACAGGAAUUCUCUAUUUUAGAGGAAUUUUCUUCUCAAACUUGCUGGACCAAACCAUAUAUACGGGUCUACAAGGAGAGCUGAUGCAGUUAUUCCAAUCCAAGAACCUUCCUGUUAAUUCAGUUUCACUAAGUAAUCUAACAAUGGAUGCUUCUAGAUAUUUUCCAUUAACCCUUAGUAUCUUUCCAAAUGGCCGAGAUAGUUUCAAUCGAACAGUGGUUUCUAUGAUUGCAUUUAUAUUUAGCAACCAACAUUUCAAGCCAACAGAUACUCUUUUUGGACCUUAUUAUUUCGGUGGCAAGGAUUACUACCACUUUCCAGACCCUAACUCCAAAAAAUCAACUACUGGCAUCAUUAUUGGGGCAGCUGUUGGUGGCUCUGUGCUUCUGCUACUUUCACUACUUGUAGGGGUAUAUGCUUUUCAUCAAAAGAAGAAGGCAGAAAGAGCAAGCCUAGAGAGCAACCCUUUUGCACACUGGGAUGUUAACAAAAGCUAUGGAAGCAUUCCUCAGUUAAAAAGUGCAAGAUGUUUCUCUUUUGAAGAGCUUAAGAAAUAUACAAAUAACUUUUCAGAGGCCAGUGAUAUUGGAUCCGGGGGUUAUGGAAAGGUUUAUAGGGGAACUCUUCCCAAUGGAGAGUUGGUUGCGAUCAAACGAGCCCAGCAAGGAUCAUUGCAAGGUGCGCUGGAAUUCAAAACAGAGAUUGAACUUCUAUCUAGAGUCCAUCAUAAGAAUGUUGUUCGUCUGUUAGGAUUUUGUUUUGAGCAAGGUGAACAAAUGCUAAUAUAUGAAUAUGUUCCAAACGGCUCUUUGUAUGAAACUCUAUCAGGAAAGUCAGGAAUCAGACUAGAUUGGACCAGGCGACUCAAAAUAGCCCUUGGUGCAGCUAGAGGCUUGGCAUAUUUGCAUGAACUUGCCAAUCCUCCCAUCAUACAUAGGGACAUUAAAUCGACUAACAUAUUAUUGGAUCAACGCCUCAUUGCUAAAGUUGCUGAUUUUGGUCUUUCCAAGCCUAUAAGUGAUAGUGUAAAAGGUCAUGUUACCACUCAAGUCAAAGGGACAAUAGGUUACUUGGAUCCUGAAUAUUAUAUGACCCAGCAGCUAACUGAAAAGAGUGAUGUUUAUAGUUUUGGGGUGCUUCUGUUGGAGCUGGUAACUGGAAGAAGACCAAUAGAGCGAGGGAAGCAUAUUGUAAAAGAAGUGAGAAUGGCAUUGGAUAAGACAAAAGACUUAUAUAGUCUUCAGCAGAUUCUUGACCCAGCUGUUGUGGAUACAAGCCUGAAAGAUUUAGAAAAGUUUAUGAACCUAGCAAUGAGCUGUGUGGAAGAAUCAGGAGCUGACAGGCCUACAAUGGGUGAAGUGGUAAAAGAGAUUGAAAACAUCAUACAGAUUGUCGGGAUAAAUCCCAAUGCUGAGUCAGCCACAAGUUCGUCAAGUUAUGAGGAGGCAUCCAAGGGAAGUACCCUCCAUCCAUACAGCGAUCAGUCCUUUGCUUAUAGUGGUACAUUUUCAGUUUCAAAACGCCUCACUGCUAAAGUUGCUGAUUUUGGUCUUUCCAAGCCUAUAAGUGAUAGUGUAAAAGGUCAUGUUACCACUCAAGUCAAAGGGACAAUAGGUUACUUGGAUCCUGAAUAUUAUAUGACCCAGCAGCUAACUGAAAAGAGUGAUGUUUAUAGUUUUGGGGUGCUUCUGUUGGAGCUGGUAACUGGAAGAAGACCAAUAGAACGAGGGAAGCAUAUUGUAAGAGAAGUGAGAAUGGCAUUGGAUAAGACAAAAGACUUAUAUAGUCUUCAGCAGAUUCUUGACCCAGCUGUUGUGGAUACAAGCCUGAAAGAUUUAGAAAAGCUUGUGAACCUAGCAAUGAGCUGUGUGGAAGAAUCAGGAGCUGACAGGCCUACAAUGAGUGAAGUGGUAAAAGAGAUUGAAAACAUCAUACAGAUUGUCGGGAUAAAUCCCAAUGCUGAGUCAGCCACAAGUUCGUCAAGUUAUGAGGAGGCAUCCAAGGGAAGUACCCUCCAUCCAUACAGCGAUCAGUCCUUUGCUUAUAGUGGUACAUUUUCAGUUUCAAAAGUUUGAACAUAUAUUGAGUUUGGGUUUAGUUUAGUUUUUGGAGAAUUGAACAGCUUCUAUGUCUAGUAUUUAGUUUGACAGGACAUAUAUGUGUGUUUAUGUGUGUUUUGUAUUGUUUCUUUUUCGUUUGCUCCAAAUUUAAAUGGAUAG